AUGCAUCUGACUGUAUUUCUACUUAGGAGUAUUGUGGGUUUCCUCUGGAGCUGCUGGGUUCUAGUGGGUUAUGCAAAAGGAGGUUUGGGAGACAAUCAUGUCCACUCCAGUUUUAUUUAUAGAAGACUACGGAACCACGAAAGACGGGAAAUACAGAGGGAAAUUCUCUCUAUCUUGGGUUUGCCUCAUAGACCCAGACCAUUUUCACCUGGAAAACAAGCUUCCUCUGCACCUCUCUUUAUGCUGGACCUAUACAAUGCUAUGGCCAAUGAAGAAAAUCCUGAAGAAUCGGAAUACUCAGUGAGGGCAUCCUUGGCAGGAGAGGCCAGAGGGGCAAGAAAAGGAUACCCAGCUUCUCCCAAUGGGUACCCUCGUCGCAUACAGUUAUCUCGAACGACUCCUCUGACCACCCAGAGCCCUCCUCUAGCCAGCCUACAUGAUACCAACUUUCUGAAUGAUGCUGACAUGGUCAUGAGCUUUGUCAAUUUAGUUGAAAGAGACAAGGAUUUUUCUCACCAGCGAAGGCAUUACAAAGAAUUCAGGUUUGAUCUGACUCAAAUUCCUCAUGGGGAAGCAGUGACAGCAGCUGAAUUCCGGAUAUACAAGGACCAGAGUAAUAGUCGAUUUGAAAAUGAAACAAUUAAGAUUAGCAUAUAUCAGAUCAUCAAGGAAUACACUAAUAGGGAUGCAGAUCUGUUCCUGUUAGACACAAGAAAGACCCAAGCUUUAGAUGUGGGUUGGCUUGUCUUUGAUAUCACUGUGACCAGCAAUCAUUGGGUAAUUAAUCCACAGAAUAAUUUGGGUUUACAGCUCUGUGCAGAAACAGGAGAUGGACGAAGUAUCAAUGUAAAAUCCGCUGGUCUCGUGGGAAGACAUGGGCCUCAGUCAAAACAACCGUUCAUGGUGGCCUUCUUCAAGGCAAGUGAGGUACUUCUUCGAUCUGUGAGAGCGGCGAACAAACGGAAAAAUCAAAACCGCAAUAAAUCCAACUCACAUCAGGACUCCUCCAGAAUGUCCAGUGUUGGAGAUUAUAAUACAAGUGAACAAAAACAAGCCUGUAAGAAGCAUGAACUCUAUGUGAGUUUCCGGGAUCUGGGAUGGCAGGACUGGAUUAUAGCACCAGAAGGAUAUGCUGCAUUUUAUUGUGAUGGAGAAUGUUCUUUUCCACUCAAUGCCCACAUGAAUGCCACCAACCAUGCCAUCGUUCAGACUCUGGUUCAUCUGAUGUUUCCUGACCAUGUGCCAAAGCCUUGUUGUGCUCCAACCAAAUUAAAUGCCAUCUCUGUGCUGUACUUUGAUGACAGCUCCAAUGUCAUUUUGAAAAAAUACAGAAAUAUGGUAGUGCGCUCAUGCGGCUGUCAUUAA